GACAUUCCUGCAAGUAACAAAGCAAUAUUCGAUACCAAAAUAGGCCCAUUUAGUGACUUAGUGCAUUAUAAAACUCCAGUGGAACCUCCUGUUGUGUUAAAUCGUGCACCUUGUUGUGAAUCUAAGCAUGGAUUUGCAAGAAAUUUGUUGGAGUGCACUGUUAAAUACUUGUAAUAGCCAAAUGUUAGGUUAAGGGGUCACUUGAGACAUGAAUCAGCCUUCAGGGCUCUUGGAACGUCUCUCCCCUCGAUGCCCUUUAGUUCGCCUAGGCCACAGCUCAAGUACUGAUGAAACAGCUACUUCAACCGAGGGUGGUAAUUACCCCGCAGAAAAUUACAACUACAGGUCUCAGUAUAUCGAUUCUUAUGAGAAUAAUACAGACAGAAGGUUCCAUAACAAGCAGUUGUCGAUAGACAAUAGUUAUUUACAAAAACAGUCACCCGAAUCAGAAUAUUUGCAAAAUUAUUACCAACCACAUUCUUAUUUAAACGAGAGAACAGAAUAUCAGUCAAAAUACGAAUUGAAUUCACGUCAGUCACCGCUUAACCACAAUAACUUGUCCUUCCAAAAUAAAAACUCUCUGGACCUAUCAUCGUUUUCUUUAGGUCCGAGCUACUGGGAUCAUGAGAAUUAUGACAAGAUCCAAAAUAGUCAGUCGAAUUAUUUUAGAACGUCCAAUCACCAAAUGCAAGAAACAAACUAUCUCUUAGACAACUUCACGAAACUAGGCAAAUCUAGUCCCAGUUUAGACCAAGGCUACCACACUCUUGUAUCUCCGAGCCCUGGACCUGUCACACCCAACUUGUGGACCGAUGGCAACUUAUACAAAGGCAAAAAAUAUCAGUCGAAAAACAAUUCUUUCGAUCGCCUUCCAGACGAACUUGUUACGAAAAUCUUCUCCUUCUUAACGAGCAUAGACCUGAGCAUAUGUGCUCAAGUGUGUCGUAGAUUCGACAUCCUUGCUUGGACACCAUCUCUGUGGCGUGUUAUAACUCUAGAGGGUGAAGUAGUUAGUGGUGAUCGUGCUAUAAGGGGUGUAUUGAGACAGUUGUGCGGGCAGGGACGCACCGGGGCCUGCCCUAGUGUGGAGAGGGUUCAUGUCACGAACGGUGCCAAAUUAUCCGAUAAGAGUUUGCUGUUGUUAGCCAGGCGAUGCCCCGAAUUGACACAUCUGCAACUGCAAGGGUGUAGUAAUAUCACAAACCACGCCUUGUCGGAAGUCGUUACCAGAUGUAAUAAUUUGCAACAUCUGGAUGUCACAGGUUGCGUAAAAAUAUCCUGUAUAAACAUAAACGCUGGACCGGAGCCCCCAAGACGGCUGCAAUUACAGUAUCUGGACCUCACAGAUUGCGUAGCAGUCCAAGACAGUGGGCUUCGAAUCAUUGUACAAAACUGUCCACAACUUGCUUAUUUAUAUUUACGUAGAUGUGUGCAAAUAACAGAUGCCGGUCUAAAAUUUGUGCCAAGUUUCUGUUCAGGUUUAAGAGAGUUAAGUGUAAGUGACUGUUCCAAUUUAACUGACUUCGGUUUGUACGAACUGGCCAAGCUGGGUGCUACACUGCGUUAUUUAUCUGUAGCGAAGUGUGACCAGGUCAGUGACGCUGGUCUAAAGGUCAUAGCGAGGAAAUGUUACAAAUUACGGUAUUUGAACGCUAGAGGGUGCGAAGCAGUUUCCGACGAUGCCAUAACUGUUCUAGCUAGGUCUUGUACGAGACUGCGUGCUUUAGAUAUAGGAAAGUGCGAUGUGAGCGAUGCCGGAUUGAGAGCAUUGGCUGAAAGUUGUCCGAAUUUGAAAAAGUUGAGUCUUCGGAAUUGUGAUUUGGUUACUGACAGAGGAGUGCAAUGUGUCGCUUAUUAUUGUAGGGGGUUGCAGCAACUUAAUAUUCAAGAUUGCCAAAUUUCAUUAGAAGGGUAUAGAGCUGUCAAAAAAUAUUGCAAACGUUGCGUCAUCGAACACACCAAUCCCGGAUUUUUUUGAUGAAUUGUUAUUUUUUA